AUUUUUGAUUGUGAAAGUAAUUGUAUAUUCGCAGCUUGCCAGUGUCGGAUUUCAUUAAUGUCAUACACUUAGACUAAUUCGGAUGCUUGUUUUCAACGCUCUCGACCCCAGAGACUCGUGUUUGCCAAACUAUCUUUAUCCACGAGACGACGACUUCUCUCGGGAAAGCGCACAGGAGAUUUCCGCUGGUUUUCAUCGUUUCCAUCUGACAAAAUGACAUGCAGACAGACCGAACCGAGUGCGAGGAAAGUGGAUCAGCACAUGUUUACCGCUCAGAGGACGAGAUACUAUUGCAGAGGACACGGUUUUUAAUGAGGACACCAGAGCAAUGACAGAGUCUGAAUCCGAGUCAUGGAGUGUGUAACCUUGUUUCCAGAGCAGACGCUCAGUCAGCUUUAGGUUAGGGCUGUUUGGCAGAGAUGGGCUCAGUGACCUCAGCUUUCUCAAGGUCUCGCAACACGUUGGUCAAAGUGGGUUUGGAGCCGCAGAAAGACCCGGACGGGAAAACGCGGAGGGGGUCCGGUGUGGUCGUAAAGCAAACUAGCAAACAACCGCUGGAGCGGAAUACAACCGGCGCCUCCAGAGCAAACACACCACAAGCUCCUGCGUCUGCUACAGUGGCUAAUGAGGAUGUGGAGACAAACAGCAGGCCGCUGGCGAGGUUUGCACGCUCAAAGUCUCAGAGUGCACUAUGGAACACACUCACUGCUGGGACGUGCAAGAAGGACAAGGUCAAAGUUCAGAGGGACGUUCCAGACGAUCCACGCAGAAUAGAAGAGAUCCUGGCAGAUGAGCUUCCCUCAACAGACGUCCCAGAAGCAACAGAGAAAACUGCUGUCAGAUUACGAUGCUUGGUAAAACAGUUGGAGAGAGGAGAGGCGUCUCUCGUGGACCUGAAGAAAAACCUUGAAUAUGCUGCCACUGUUUUGGAAUCGGUCUAUAUCGAGGAAACAAGGCGAUUGGUCGAUUCCGAGGAUGAGCUCAGUGAUAUCCAAUCAGAUUCUGUGCCGUCAGAGGUCCGUGAUUGGCUGGCCUCCACCUUCACACGGCAGAUGGGCCUGAUGCUUCGAAGGACCGAAGAGAAGCCACGAUUUCGCAGCAUCGUACACGCAGUGCAGGCUGGGAUAUUCGUGGAGAGAAUGUACCGGAGAACCUCUAACAUGAUGGGACUGAGUUACCCUCCAUCUGUCAUAGCUGUGCUUAAGAAUGCGGAUAAGUGGUCUUUUGAUGUAUUUGCUCUGAAUGAGUCAAGCGGUGACCACGCUCUCAAAUUCAUCUUUUAUGAGCUCCUCACCCGAUACGACCUCAUCAGCCGCUUCAAGAUCCCCGUCUCAGCGCUGGUCUCAUUUGUGGAGGCUUUGGAGGUGGGAUACAACAAACAUAAAAACCCUUACCACAACCUGAUACACGCAGCCGACGUCACUCAGACCGUGCACUACCUGCUCCUCAAGACGGGGAUGGUGCACUGGCUGACAGAGUUGGAGAUUUUUGCAAUGCUUUUCGCUGCUGCCAUUCAUGACUACGAACACACCGGGACCACAAACAACUUCCACAUCCAGACCAGGUCGGACACAGCUAUUCUAUACAACGACCGCUCUGUGCUGGAGAGCCAUCACGUCAGCGCGGCGUACCGACUGCUGCAGGACGACGACGAGAUGAACAUCCUGUACAACCUCUCCAAAGAUGACUGGAGAGAGCUGAGGGCGCUCGUGGUGGAGAUGGUUUUGGCCACUGACAUGUCCUGCCAUUUCCAGCAGGUCAAAGCCAUGAAGAAUUUCCUCCAGCUGCCCGAGGGAAUUGACAAACCCAAGGCUCUGUCUCUGCUGUUACACACGGCUGACAUCAGUCAUCCAGCCAAGAACUGGGAUCUACACCAUCGCUGGACUACGUCACUGCUAGAGGAGUUUUUCCGACAGGGCGAUAAGGAGGCAGAGCUUGGUCUACCUUUCUCACCUUUGUGCGACCGUAAAUCCACUAUGGUGGCUCAGUCCCAGAUCGGUUUCAUUGACUUCAUCGUUGUUCCUACGUUUACGGUUCUGACGGACAUGACUGAGAAGAUCGUCACACCACUCAUCGAAGAGGCCACAAGUUCAGGCCUGGCAGGUUUGCGCAGUAUUAUUGCGGGAGAUGCGAAGCGGAGCAGUGUGAACAGCUCUGGUCCUGAUGGCAGUGGAUCUCAUAGCUGCUCGCUGCUCACUGUGGACCUGAAGAACUUCAAGAGCAUCUGGAACGAGGAGGUUUCUCUGAACAGAGACCGAUGGAAGACACAGGCAGCUAAAGAGACGGAGGAGAAGGCCAAACGAGAGCAGGAGGAACAGCAGGAGGCAACAGCAGAAACCCAGGAGCACAAAAAAGACCCAGAGAUGUCGGGACCAAAGAAAGACAAGGGGGGAGAGGACGACCCGGAGCCAGGGGGGGUAAAUGGACCCCCAGAAGAAAGUCCCAAUGAUGAAUCAAAUAAUGAAGAGGCACAUCAGAAAUUACAGAAUGGAGAAGUGUCUGAAGAGGCAGAAUCACCAGCAGAUGAAGACAAGGGAAGACUCGAUGAAAGUGCAAAUGCCUAGAGUGACUCCCAGUGGUGUCUCGAGGUCCGAUGUCAGACACAGAGCGGUGAACUUGCCAUCAGGACACUGCUCAGUUCUGAAGGUCCAUGGCGCCCUCUAGAGGACACGGUUAAUGCUUACAUCACUAUUUAUUCGGCCUCUAUCCCCUCCAAAUCUCCAGACUUUCUUAAGACUGAUCUCUCUGAAUGAGGAAGGACAAAACAGACGACAGCUGCUUUUGUCUGGUCUGUUUUAUUUACAGAACCAGAUUUCCUUACCAAACUUUUAAAGUCCAAUGAUUGCAUCCACUUAGAAAACCCUGCAGCAGCUUAACGCAAGGAUUCUUAUUAAAAUCUCCAUUUCAAAUACUUUCUAUGUUUCUCCGCAUUUGAGCAGCCUUGCAGACGGAUUGCUUGGUGUUUGUGUGUAAAGCUGAAACUGUGAUUUAUAUCUAAAUGUACAUGCAUAUAUAAACUGUAAAUAACUAAUCUUAGCAGCAGUUGCACCUGUGAACAAUAUUCGGCUUUUGACAACAGCGAUGUUGUGUUCAGCUGUUUUAAAUGCGCUCUUCCUGACAUACACUGAUGCAUUUCAGCAAACAUGCUCUGAUGUAAUAUCUGCCUCCGACACACGUUUGUUCACCUCAUCUGCUAAUAGAGGUUGCAUAUAUCAAACCUUGAAUAAGUAUAUGUAUUACUAUUGUAAAUUACUGUCUGCAUUUAGAUCAGAGCUUUUAUAACUUACGAAGCCGUACAAAGUUGGCAGUAUUUCCUUUUGCUUGUGUGCGGCUGUGGAGUAGAAAAUGCCUGAUUCAACCUAAGAUUUUUUCCUUCUCGCUUACCUUCGGAUGCCUUUCUUCAUGUAGUCUUUCUGAAAAAGGAAUGUCUUCUACAGGAACACACAAACUAGCAGUCACUGUAGAUGAUGUAAGUCUUAUAACUGCCCAUAUAGUAGUGUGUAAGUCAGCCUUAUCACUGUGUUCGCUCCGCAAUACCUGGAUAUUACGCCGUAUGUCAUUUGUACUGGUUUCCUGGAGGUUUGUGACAAGCUUUUCUCUGUCCUUUGAGCAGGUCAUCUCAAGAAACCUAAAGAGAACAUGUCCAGGUCAUGUAUCACCUUGAAAUCAAACAUAAUCAAAUAGGAAAUGACAUUUUUGCAUGACGAAAAGAACCCAGUUUUUAGGAGUAUAAAGAAUGUGGAAU